AUGGCCAAUCACACCCACGAGGAAAAUCUGGAGAACAGAUCCAUAAUCCUAGUGACGGGCACAAACAGUGGUCUCGGGUUCUCAAUAUGUUGCCGCCUCGUCGACGAUUUCCUCAAGUCCCCCGCCAACAACCACCGCAGCCUGGCGGUGGUCUUCACCACGCGCAGCACAAAGAAGGGCACUGAGACCCAGCAGCGUCUCGAGCAGCACCUGCAGAGCACGACAACACAAACCCCGGAGCAUCGGGCCCGCAUCACCUUCAUCCCGGAAACCGUUGACCUCUCCAGCCUGCCGUCCACGCGCGCCUGCGCCCGGCGCCUCACGCGCACCCUCCCCAGGCUGGACGCCGUGAUCCUUAACGCCGGCAUCGGCGGCUGGACGGGCCUCAACUGGCCACAGGCCGUCUGGGGGGUGCUGACGGACCUGGUGCAUACCGUCUCCUGGCCGGGGUACAAGAUCGCCUCCGUCGGCCUGCUCACGGCGCCGCAGACCAUCACGCAGCGGGACCAGGAACCCCGCCUGGGCAACGUCUUCUGCGCCAACGUCUUCGGCCACUACAUGCUCGCGCACAACCUGAUGCCUCUACUCCGUCGAGCCUCCUCCCUAACUCCCCAGAAUAGCAGCAGCAGCAGCAACAGCAGCAGUCGCAUCAUCUGGGUCUCCAGCAUCGAAGCCACUCUCCGACACUUCUCCAUCGACGACCUCCAGGGCCUCCGCACCGCGGCCCCCUACGAAUCCUCUAAAGCCCUGACCGACAUCCUGGCCCUGACCGCCGAUCUACCAUCCACAAGCCCCUGGACCGAGUCGUUCUGCUCCACCACGCCCUCAAACACAUCCUCCACAGACGCAAACAACCCCCCUCCUACCCUGGAAACCGAGGCCGCGACCACCAAACCAAACACCUACCUCGCCCACCCAGGCAUCUGCGGCACGGCGAUCCUCCCGCUGCCGCUGCCGCUUACUUACGCGAUGCUGAUCGCCUUCUGGCUGGCGCGCCUGCUGGGCUCCCCCUGGCACACGAUGUGGACGUACCUGGGGGCGUGCGCGCCCGUGUGGCUAGCGCUGGGCGGCCAGGCCGAGCUGGACGCCGCCGAGGCGCCCUACCGCGCGCACCCCGGCGGCGGCCGCGUCAAGUGGGGGUCUUCGUGCGACCGCCGCGGCCGCGACGCGGCCAUCUCGACCGAGGUGGACGGCUGGGGCCACGGGGGCGUCGUCGGGCCCGCCGUCGUCGCUGCAGACCGGCUGCGGCGCCGCAGGCGCGGGGCCCGCGACCUCACGGCCGAGGAGCGGGUCGCCUUCGAGGAGCUGGGCCGCCAGUGCUGGCGGCGCAUGGAGGAGCUGCGCGUGCAGUGGGAGGGAAUCCUUGACCGCGAGGAGGAGGAGCUCGCACUCCAAAGCAAGGGCAAGGGGGCUGCCACCGCUGCGCAAUGA